AUGGUGGCAGCAGGAGCAGCCAGCGCCGAAACGAUUGAGAACAACAACACGAAUAACGAUUCGUUGUAUUCGGAAAAGCAACCCUAUUACCAAUCGCGCAUCCAAUUGUUCGAGAAGUACUUCACUCGCGAGCAAGAAAAGAUCGCGCAGGCGAAAACGGACGACCGAGAAAUCUCGGUCGCACUUCCGGAUGGGAAAGAAAUUAAAGCGGUGGCAAACGCGACGACACCGUGGGAUAUAGCCAUGGGGAUUUCGAAAAAGUUAGCGCAAGCGUCGUUGGUAGCGCACGUGGAUGGGAACGAUUGGGACAUGAAGAGGCCACUGGAAUCGAAUUGUAAACUGCGGUUGUUUUCGUUCGACGAUAAGGAAGGGAAGGAGUUGUAUUGGCACUCGAGCGCGCACGUGUUGGGAGAAGCGUUGGAGUUGGAAUACGGCGCGGAUUUAACGAUUGGCCCCGCCAUCGAGGAAGGGUUCUAUUACGAUUGUUACUUAGGCGAGAAGACGUUGACGCCGGACAACGUGGAGGAAAUCGAAAAGCGAAUGAAGGCGAUCAUCGGAGAGAAACAGCCGUUUCAGAGAAUCGUGGUCAGCCGAGACGAGGCGUUGGAAAUGUUCGCGGAGAAUAAAUUUAAAGUGGAGUUGAUUUCGAAUUUACCGGAAGAUGCGACGAUUUCGUGUUAUCGAUGCGGACCCAUGGUCGAUUUGUGUCGAGGGCCUCACUUGCCGGAUACCGCGUGGAUCAAGAGUUUAAAAGUGACGCAGUGUUCUCGGGCGCAUUGGAGAGCGGACGUGACGAAAGAUCCACUGGUGAGAGUGUACGCGGUGACGUUUCCGAACGAUAAGUUGAUGAAAGAAUACACGAGACGGAUUGAAGAGGCGAAGCAAAGAGACCACAGAUUGAUCGGGAUGAACCAAGAGUUGUUUUUUUUCAACGCUCUCAGUCCGGGGUCCUGCUUUUUCCAAAAAGACGGCGCGAAGAUUUACAACACUCUGAUUGAGUUUAUUCGAGAGAAAUAUUGGGAAUACGAGUACGACGAAGUCGUGACGCCGAACAUUUAUAACUUUGAUUUGUGGAAAACCAGUGGCCACGCCGCGCACUAUAAAGAAAACAUGUUUGGUUUCGACGUCGAGAAGCAGGAAUUCGGAAUGAAACCGAUGAAUUGCCCGGGGCAUUGCGUGAUGUUUAGCCACCGUAAACGAUCGUUUCGAGAGCUUCCGAUGCGAGUCGCCGACUUUGGCGUGUUGCAUCGAAACGAAUUUAGCGGCGCUUUGCACGGUUUGACUCGCGUUCGUAGAUUUCAGCAAGACGACGCGCACAUCUUUUGUCGCCAAGACCAAAUGGAGGAAGAGUUGACAGGUUUCUUGAAGUUUUUGGACGAGUGUUACGAGGUGUUUGGUCUGGAUUACGAGAUGAAAUUAUCCACGCGACCGGAAGGAUACUUAGGCGAACUUGAAACGUGGAAUAAAGCGGAAAUGGCGUUAGAAGGCGCGUUAAAAGCGAGCGGGAAAGAGUGGGAACUCAACCCGGGAGACGGCGCGUUUUACGGUCCGAAAAUUGACAUCGCCGUCUUUGACGCCUUGCGAAGACGUUUCCAAUGUGCCACGGUUCAACUCGAUUUCCAACUCCCAAUCCGAUUUGACCUCGCGUAUCAAAACGAACACAACGAAGACGAACGACCGAUUAUUAUCCACAGAGCUGUGUUAGGUUCCGUCGAAAGAAUGUUUGCCAUCCUCACCGAACACUACGCCGGCAAGUGGCCGUAUUGGCUUUCGCCGAGACAAGUGAUGAUUGUCCCAAUCUCCGAACUUUCGUUAGAAUACGCCAAAGACGUCCGCAGACGCAUUCGCAAAGCCGGUCACCACGUAGAAGUGGACGCCUCGGACCGUAAAAUGCAAAAGAAAGUUCGAGAGGCGCAGUUGGAGCAAUUCAACUACAUCUUAGUCGUCGGCGAACAAGAGAAAACGAACGACACCGUCAACGUGAGAACGAGAGAUAAUCAAGUUCACGGCGAGCGCAAGUUGGAAGAUUUAAUCCUCGUUUUGAACGAAGAGAAAAAAACACGAAGUUUAGAGUGCAUGUUUGAAAAGGAGAAGAGAGAGAAAGCCGCCGCUGCCGAGGCCGAAAAGGUGGCGGCUCCCGAAGCGUAA